AUGACGUACAUACACUCUUGGUCAUCUACCGUUUCUCUUGUUCCUCGGCACCCCAAUCCCCUCGCUUUUGCCGUCAGCACUUGUACUACGCGAUUCGUCUCGCUACCUUGGUAUCACUCCGCUGAUUUACUCUCCCACCAUUCCCGCAGAGCCACUCGGAGACCGAUACCCAGCCCCCUCUCAUUAGCGGCUGCUGUGUCGCCUGCCAGCCCGACAUUGUCUAGCCGAUCCGAUAUUUCCCCUGCCACUACGCCGCAUCAUUCCGGCCGAUCGAUUCCUCAAUCCCCGACCUACUCCGGAGAGGGGCCUCGUUCCCCGAGAGAAAAGUUGGACGAGCUUCUUGCCGCUGAAAAGACUUUCUACCAGAGCAAUACCUCGGCCGUCUCUACCUCUACUCCUGAGGCCGGAGCCUCGCGAUCAAUCGCGAAUCACCCUCCCACGAAUGGUGGCCGAGCCGUAUCCGACGCCGUCGCAACCCCAGCGCCUACGAAAGGCUUGCCAAAAUCACAGACCGUGCCCAAUAUGGCGGGCCCUACACCUGCCACCCGGGGAGAGCCUGGGACCGGUGCUCCCCGCAACUCGUCGAUCGACUCCUCCAUAUCUGCUGCCACGAGCAGCUCCAACUACCGGAAGGGCUCUCAGUCAAGCCAGGUCGAGAUGCCCGACAUCGCUAGCUUGAUUAAGACGGCGGGCAGCCCCGAGGCAGUCAUACAAUAUUUGCUCAAGGAAAAACAGUCCCAGUCUCAGCAAAACUCACAGCUCUGGCGGUUGGUCGAUAAGCAGCGGGCCAUGAUCCUGGGACUGAACAAAGACUUGGAAAGGGCCCUAAAGGACAAGGAGAAGUACCGCAAGAAGCUCAAAGAAGUGAUAGCCGUGCCACAGAUGGCCAAGGCCGCAGAGUCCCAACCAAAACCCGCAACAUCCGAACCUGUUUUGGGUAGGCCCAUCCCCAAGGUCGACAUAUCAGGCCCUGACGACCGGCACGUCGCACCCGACUCUCCCAGCUUGGAAUUGGACAGCCAGAAGCAUUCGCCCAUCGACAUGGCCAUGGCUCCCUAUCCCAUUACACCACCCGCAGAUCGAAUCGACAACGGCCCGCCCUCGGCCGUGGGCGAUAUGCUGGAUCCCUCUCACAUGAUGCCAAAGCCCCAAGAACACGCCUACGACAAGUUUGACCACGAGGCGGAGGAGAAUGCCGCGGAUGCCGCUCGCCACGAAGAAAAGGAGCGCCAGAUCCGAGAACUACCGAUCAACUUGUCGCUCCCGCCAUCAAGGAGCUUGCCCAGCCAGCCGCCCAAGGGACCACCUCCCAAGCCUCCUGUAGCGCCUCCUGCCCUUGCAGCUACCGAAGCGACGCCCAAGCCCGACAAAGACAUCGCCCAGUUCCCCAACCCGCCGCCACGGAAACCACCUCCCGCACCCUUGCAACUCCACAAGAGCAAGACCCCUACGCCCGAAGAGGGAGACACUGAUUCUGACUUUGACGACAUCCUGGAGGUGGAUGAGAUUCUGGACGACAGGCGGGGCAGACGACGAACAAGAGAAGAGGAUGAACGGGCACGAAAAGUCUCGGCCAAGAAAGAGACAGAGAUGCGGAGCCUGUCGAAGAAGAGCAAAUCGCAGAGCCAAAAGGGAACACCCACAGUGGCAGAGGCUCCCCAGCUGCCGGCGGAGGCUCUGGCUCUGCCGGCCAGCCCGAGACAAUUCCCGCAGCAGUUUGCGACCUACCAGAACGGCGCCGCCUCUCUAGCUGGCGUUUUGAACGGUGACCGGCUAGGGGCGCCCAAACUGGGCCAACCCCUGACUCCUGGACUGCCGCUGAGCCCCCGGCCAGGAGGUGGUCCGAGAGGGUUCGUGACGGAAGAGUACCCGGAUCUGCUCCUGCCCCCCAACGCCAUCCCAUCGAUCCAAGUGAGGGUAGCGUCAUCUCGCAUGAAGCCUUCACGGGCUAGCGUCCUGUCUUUGACGCAGCUGGAGGAGGACCCUGUCUUCACGCUCGCCGUCUUCUCCCGAGCCGACCGGGGAGAAUUGUGGCGAGUUGAAAAGGACUUGGCGUCGCUCAGCAAGCUGGACCAGAAACUGAAGCAAUGUCCUUCUUUCACCACGAAAGCACCGGACCGGGCUCUGUUCACCGGCCAUGCACCGGCCAAGCUGGAUGCCCGCAGACAGGCUCUCGACCGGUACCUCGAAGAACUUCUAGAGACACCCCUCGACCUCUCAACGGCCUUGGAGUUUUGCAAAUAUCUGUCGACCAACGUGGUCCCCCCGAAUGCCGACGAAGAGGGUCGUCCCGAAGUCGGGGCAGAUUCGCCGACUGCCAGAGCUCGGUUCUUUGUGCUCGACGGCCCGCGGCUGAGAUACUUCGAGGCACCCGGGGGCGCACAUCUCGGCACGAUCAAGUUGCCUCACGCACAGAUCGGCAAGCAGUCGCAGAACAACGAAAACCAGCCACCAGGGCCCGGCGCGCCGAGCACGGAAGACUUCGAUAACCAGUACCGUCACGCCUUCCUCAUCUUGGAACCAAAGAAGAAAGACUCGAGCAGCUACCUCAAGCACGUCCUUUGUGCCGAGAGCGACACCGAGCGAGACCGUUGGGUGGAAGCCCUUCUGAAGUGGAUCGAUUACCGGGAACCCGGAGAAGAAGAUGCCCCCGGGCCCGCUCACGACCGUCAAAAUUCGGAAGGAUCUGAACCAACGGGCGCGAAGAAGAAGAAGGGCAAGGGAAAUCAGGCACAGGGCGACUUGCCGCAGAGUGCGCGUCCCAAGACGUCAUCUGGCAUGCCGGAUAACUCGGACAUGCCGCAUUCUCCUAUUGUGAUUUCGGGCCCGAAGGAUAUGCAGGUGAUCUCCGACUCGGCGGCGUGGGGCAACAAAAUUGGGUUAUCUGUGCCAAGUUACGAAGAGAAGAAACAACGGAAGAGGAGUUUCUUCGGGUCCUCGGCUGACGGUCAGGAUACGCUGUUCGGGCACGAGGGUAGCGCGUCGUCGACUCCUCCGCAGGGCGGUUAUCACGGCCCGGUUCGUCAAGUGUUCGGGGCACAACUAGCGGAAGCUGUCCGAUACAACGCGCCGCAGGACGUGGCUGUGCCGCUCCCUUCGGUGGUCUACCGCUGCAUCCAGUAUCUGGACGCCAAUAAUGCCAGUCUGGAGGAAGGGAUUUUCCGGCUCAGCGGAUCGAACGUGGUGAUUAAGCAGCUCAAAGAGCGGUUCAAUACGGAGGGCGACAUCAACCUGGUCACGGACGAGAUGUACUACGACAUCCACGCGGUGGCGUCUCUCCUCAAGCUGUACUUGCGCGAACUGCCGACGACGAUCCUGACGCGGGAUCUGCACAUGGACUUUUUGACGGUGACGGAAAUGACGGACCGGAGAGAGAAGAUUAGUGCGCUCAGCGAUCUCGUGCAGAGGCUCCCGCUGGCAAACGCCACAUUGCUCAAGUAUCUCAUCGCAUUCUUGAUCAAGAUCAUCAACAACGCGGACAUCAACAAGAUGACGGUACGGAACGUGGGGAUCGUCUUCUCGCCGACGCUGAACAUCCCGGCACCCGUCUUCGCCAUGUUCCUGCAGAACUACGAGCCGAUUUUUGGUGUUCCGCCCGAGGAGUACGAGCUCCCGUCCGGGUCGGGCGAGUCGGUGUCGACAUACGAAGCGCCGUCGCCAAUCCUGCCCGCCCCAGGGAGGCCGUAUGAUCCGCAACGGCCCGGGACUUCGGGACAGAGCCAGUCGCCCCACCGUCAGCGGCUGCUGGAGUCGGUCACCGGACAGGGCAGGGCCGGGGGAGUGACGCCGCCUCUGCUGCAGCAUAUGAACGCGGCGCGGGCGUCGCCGACGCCGUCGCAGAACUUUUCGAUGCACCGCGGCAUAUCAUACGAGCCGCAGCAAUACGCGAAUCAUGGCCCGGGCGGAGGUGCCGGGUAUGACCAGCCUAUCUACCCUUCGGGCUACCAAGACGGCUCGAACGGCGGCGGCGCGCCGUCAUACGAGUCUGGCUAUAAGAACACUAAGCGGCGUGAGAGCGCCAUGUACGGUGUCGGCAUGCUUGCGGCGAGUCAUCCGAACCAGGGCUCGCGAAGCCGGUUGCGGGAGGAGACGCGAUACUAG